AUGACCGCGGUCAUUUCUGUGGAGGGACUCUGGUGUCCGACCAAUGGGUUGUUACCGCCGCUCACUGUCUCUACGGAGUCCCAGUAUGUCCUUGUUGUUUUGGACACUGGAGAAAAGGAAUACUACCGCUGGACCUUUGACCAGGAGAACCUACUGUUCUACAAAUCCUCGCCAGACUCAGGGUACGCAGCUUUACCUGUAGGAACACCGGUAAGGAGAGGCAGACAUUGGAAUUAUGAUGAUCAAGAUGGUGGUCCAGAUGAAAAAGGGGUUGUCAUCAUCAACAAAGAUGGAGGAAGGCUAGUCAAGGUAUGCUGGCGUUCACCUUUCGCUGCACAUGAAUUGAAUGUUUACAGAUACGGAGAUCAAGAAAGAUUCGACAUUGAUGUUGCAGAAUCUCCACUCAUUGAUUUGGAAGGACUAAUUGAUUCUGGGUCACCGAAAUGGGAGGUAUGUGAUGAGACGGGCAAUUGCUGGCCCCUAACAGGGGUUAGUGCCCUGGAACUACAGGACAGCGUGGCCCUUAAAAAGCCCAUACUGACCAUGAAGGAGGGACAUACUCAGGGGACAUUUAGGCUGGAAGGUGACAAACUGACAGACUUCAACACGAACAAGACUUUAUGGAUAAGAAAGAUGGAGGAAACAUGAGGAUUGAUCUUCCUAGAGAUGGAAAUUUUACAGUUUUGAAGAAUAUGACAGAAACGGAGUUGUGACUGCUUUCUAUAUUUGCUACGCAUUUAAUGCAUGUACAUCCUUA